AAAAUAAAAGAAUAAUCAUAAGGAAAAUGUAUUUUAGAUUUAUAAUGUUAUCUCAAAAAAAUACAAGGCUGGACAAUAAAUAAUCUACAGUGGGUUUGGUCAUCAGAAUAUCAUCUUGGGACGUGUUUGAUAGCCGCAAUCAUUUCAAUGUUUUAUUUAUUUUUUAAACAAUUAUGUUGAUUCUCAGUCAGCGGCUUGGAGUGAUUGGACUUCAAAAAUGUGCGCAACAAACAUUUAGGUGCUUGGAACAAAACGGUGACCACCUCAGUGCGCUGUUUAGCUGGUCCGUGCUGCAACAUGCCACCGAAGACGGGAGUUCCGCAAUGAAAGCAGGAUGUUGUGGUGGAGACCGGAGAGCUCCGAUAAGCUUGUCGGGGAGUUCCUUGGCACUGGACCCAUAGUCAGGAGCAAGAUGAUAAAAAACUGGGGUGUCAUUGGUGGGAUAGCUGCUGCCGUUGCAGCUGGCGUAUACGUUUUAUGGGGCCCCAUUACGGAGAGAAAGAAGAAAAGGAGAGGCAUGGUUCCUGGUCUGUUGAAUUUAGGCAACACCUGCUUCCUGAACUCUCUGCUUCAGGGUUUGGCAGCAUGUCCGUCGUUCAUCAGGUGGCUGGAAAUCUUCUCCGGUUCCCCCAUGAUCCAGUCCUGCAAGGACAACCAGCUGUCCACAACGCUGCUUCAGCUUCUCAAUGCUCUGUCCAGGGAUCAGCCCGGGGAAGAAGAUGUUCUUGAUGCCGGGUGCCUCCUGGAUGUUCUAAGACUUUACCGCUGGCACAUCAGUUCAUUUGAAGAGCAGGAUGCGCAUGAGCUUUUUCACGUCCUUACAUCUUCUCUGGAAGAGGAGCGGGAUCGUCAACCCAAAGUCGCUCACUUGUUUGACAUGCAGACGCUUGAGAGCCCCCCUGAUCCAGUUGAGAAAACUAUGAUCUGCAGAAGUCGCGCCCCUCUUCAUUGUAUACCAAGUCCGUGGAAGUCUCCACAUCCUUUCCAUGGGCGUUUAACAAGCAAUAUGUCAUGCAAGCGCUGUGAACAACAAAGUCCAGUGCGGUAUGACUCAUUUGAGAGCCUCUCCCUCCCCAUCCCUUUACCUCAGUGGGGUAGACCUAUCUCUCUAGAUCAGUGUCUUCAGCAUUUCAUCUCCUCUGAAACCAUCAAAGAAGUAGAAUGUGGAAACUGCACCAAGCUUCAACAAGGAAACGCAUUAAACGGCCAAGUUUUGCAAAGCCAGAGGACAACAUUCAUUAAACAGCUCAAACUCGGAAAGCUCCCCCAGUGCCUAUGUAUCCAUUUACAAAGACUGACGUGGUCUAGUGAAGGAACGCCCAUCAAAAGACAGGAGCACGUGCAGUUCACGGAGCAUCUGUCGAUGGACCGCUACAAACACAAAGCUUCCACACACAGAAAUCAGAGAAUCAAAUGUGCUGCGAACUCCAGGAAUGUCGACAACGCAGAUGAUGCCACGGAGAAGCCUUCCACCAACGGCACCGAAGCAAAGGAUCUGCACAACAACAACAAACCUUUUUCCAACGGAACAUGUUCGUCCGUAUUCCUUCCGUCUCCUGGUGUGACCCCGCUGCUCGGCCUCGCGUACGACUACAGCGGCGCCCGUCCUUCCAGUUCUGUGGAGUACUUGUUCCAGCUCACGGCCGUGCUGGUUCACCACGGCGACAUGCACUCGGGACACUUUGUCACGUACCGCCGCGGCCCUACGUCACCUCCCUCCGCUCCACCCGUCAGCUCCCAGUGGCUCUGGGUUUCAGACGACUCCGUGCGAAAAGCCAGCCAGCACGAGGUGCUCUCUUCCAACGCCUACAUGCUCUUCUACGAGAGAGUCCGACGACGCGACCCGGCGCCCCACUCGGAGGAGUGACCUGAAGCUGGCGACCUCGCGGCCCGACCGACUUCUGCCUUUCCAGUCAAAGCGUUGAGUCUGACGACGCGGUUACCGACGGUUGGAUCAUGACUUUGUGACAGCGAGACCGGAGAGGAAACGUUCCUAGAGUUUGCAUUAAAGGUCAUUAAAUGACGUGCUAAAUCUGCGUACAGAUGAGUCAAUCCCAAAGAUUUUGGACAUGCAGGAUUUUUAGUCUUCAUAAACUACUCUUCUUUGGCAAGUGUAACAAUUUGCCUUCUGUGGGACAAAAUAACGUAACGCGUAACAAUAUAGUGUCUCUCUAGUCCUGCAAUGCAUUGUUCAUGUGUGAAUCUUAGUGUUUACUCAACUUUCUGGACUUUUCCUGAUACUGUAGACGUUGGUGUGAAUUGAAAGACAUUAUACUUUAAGGUGUUCCUGUCAUUUUGUCCCCUGCCUGUACAUUAGACACAUACAAAAGAAGCGGAUUGAGAAUUCUUAGGGAUGUUUCUUGGAAGUUGUUACAUAUUAAAUUAAAUUAGAAUUUCCCCCUACCUCCGGUUCUCUUUUGUCUAAGGAGAUCUGCCUAAUCAUUUCAAGCAGUUUAUGUAAAGUUAUUGGAAUUCUGACAAGGCCAGUAUACCUGAGUAGAGGUUAAAGUGCCAUGUUGUAUUUAAUGAUCAAGAGUUGUAACACUUAAAGCCAAUGUGUGCGACAACUCAUGUGAUUCGUCAGAGCCAUUUGGCACAGAUCAUGAUCAGCUCUGCGUGAAUAAAGCCACAGUGUCACUAGUUUUUGGUAUUUUUGAAUGAUUUUAAAUCUAUUUAGCUGCCAUCGCUCCGGCCAAACCAAAUCAGUCAAAUUUAGAAAUGGCCUGGUGCAAAACUCAUUAAUGUUUGCGAUUUGCACUAAUGUAUAUCCCGGUGAGAUUGUGUGUAUUUUUGUGCAAUCUAAAAAAAUGACUUGUUUUCAGAUAUUAAAAAAUAAAACAAA